AUGCUCUGGGUCAGGCUGCUGGAGCCCAACCGACCCGACUGGAACGUUUUUGGGAACCUGCUGGCUCUUGGCGAGCCAUGGUCCUUCACCUCUGCUUGCCAUCACUCAACCUCCCAUCUUGCCCCACCAUCCAAGCCAAGCAGCAGCACCAUGGUCAUCGCAUCCUUUGGCGGCACCUCUUUCUCGAUCUCACAGCACCUCUCCCUCAAUCUCACAGCACCUCUCCCUCGAUCUCACAGCACCUCUCCCUCAAUCUCACAGCACCUCUCCCUCGAUCUCACAGCACCACUCCCUCAAUCUCACAGCACCUCUCCCUCGAUCUCACAGCACCUCUCCCUCAAUCUCACAGCACCUCUCCCUCACUCUCACAGCACCUCUCCCUCAAUCUCACAGCACCUCUCCCUCAAUCUCACAGCACCUCUCCCUCACUCUCACAGCACCUCUCCCUCACUCUCACAGCACCUCUCCCUCACUCUCACAGCACCUCUCCCUCACUCUCACAGCACCUCUCCCUCACUCUCACAGCACCUCUCCCUCGAUCUCACAGCACCUCUCCCUCAAUCUCACAGCACCUCUCCCUCACUCUCACAGCACCUCUCCCUCAAUCUCACAGCACCUCUCCCUCAAUCUCACAGCACCUCUCCCUCACUCUCACAGCACCUCUCCCUCACUCUCACAGCACCUCUCCCUCACUCUCACAGCACCUCUCCCUCACUCUCACAGCACCUCUCCCUCACUCUCACAGCACCUCUCCCUCACUCUCACAGCACCUCUCCCUCACUCUCACAGCACCUCUCCCUCACUCUCACAGCACCUCUCCCUCAAUCUCACAGCACCUCUCCCUCACUCUCACAUCACCUCUCCCUCAAUCUCACAGCACCUCUCCCGCACUCUCACAGUUCCUCUCCCUCAAUCUCACAGCUCCUCUCCCUCAAUCUCACAGCACCUCUCCCUCAAUCUCACAGCACCUCUCCCUCAGUCUCACAGCACCACUCCCUCAAUCUCACAUCACCUCUCCCUCAAUCUCACAGCACCUCUCCCUCAAUCUCACAACACCUCUCCCUCAAUCUCACAGCACCUCUCCCUCAACCUCACUGCACCUCUCCCUCAAUCUCACAGCACCUCUCCCUCAACCUCACUGCACCUCUCCCUCACUCUCACAGCACCUCUCCCUCACUCUCACAGCACCUGUCCCUCGCUCUCACAGCACCUCUCCCUCACUCUCACAGCACCUCUCCCUCGCUCUCACAGCACCUCUCCCUCACUCUCACAGCACCUACUUUGGGAAUAUACUGUCACCCAUCUCCCUCCCCUACAUGCCCCACUCCCUUCCUCCCUACUCUGAACCACACACUUGCUCUCCUUGCCACUGCCCAGCCCCCCUCUUCUCCCUCCUCCCUUGAGACCCUUCCCUCUCUUGUAUUCCUCCUCUCCCUUCCCUCCCUCCUCUCCCUCCUCCUCGUCCUCCUCUCCUUCCUCUUCCUCCUCUCCCUCCUCUCCCUCCUCCUCCUUCACUCCCUUCUCCUCGUCCUCCUUUUCCCUCCACUCAUCCCGAUCGCCCCUCUACUCAUCAUCCUCUGCUUCGUCCUCCUCCUCUUGGGCACUUCCCCCUCCCUCCUCUCCAUUCCCCUCCUCUCCCUGCUCUCCCGUCCCCUCCUUGAUCUCCUCUUCCUUCCCCUCGUCCCGUCCCCACCUCUCCUCAUCGUGCUUCGUCCUCCUCUUGGGCUCUUUCCUCUCCCUCCUCUUCCUCUGAACCCAUUUCUUCAACCUCCUCUUCCUCACACUCAAUCAUUUCACCUUCCUCUUCCUCCGAUUCCUCCCCCACGCUCGCUCCACUCCCCCCAUCCACCACACCUACAUCACACCCCCCCCUCUCCUGCUCCCAUGCAUCCCGCUCCCUUCCCAAGCUGCCCUGCCAAGCGAGAUGGCGCCCCCUUCUCCCACCACACCGCAAUCCUCAUCUACCUCCUUCCCAGCAGUGCGCCCACCCAUCCUCCCACUCAUCCCCACACCAACUAUUUCCACGUCUUCAUCGCCCUCCUGGAUUCUACCCCGCCUCCUUACUUGUCCUCCUGCCCAUCCCACUCCCUUCGGAACCUCAAUCCUUCCUCCUUUACGCCUUGCCUCUCUGCUGCCCUUCCCAUCCUCCCCCUCGUGCCUCUCUUUCCUCACGAAUCUUGUUCCCCUAGGUUCCCCUCAUGCCCUAGGUGCUUCAGGUGCUUCAGGUGGCCAUUGACGCCUCCCUCGAUCUUCAACCCCCUCUACCCUCUUCUGCACUCUCCUCUGCACCAUGCUCCACUGGGUGUGUGGGUGGGUGUGUGGGUGGAUGCGCUCGCAACCCCUUUCUGCAGCGAGGACAGCAGCCCAGUGGCAGAGUCCAAGCCACUGCGCAAGACCAGAUCACCCCACAUGUCCCUCGCACCCUGCCGGUCCCUACCACCGACCCUUUUCCGCUCCCCCCUCCACUCCUCCCCCUCCUCCUUGUGA